UUAUCGUGGUAGAGGAGUUUGCGUGUCCCAAUGAUCCUAGGAGCUAUGUUGUCCGGGGGCUUUCAUGCCCCCUGGUAGGGUCUCCCAAGGCAAACAGGUUCUAGGUGAGGGAUCAGACAAAGAGCAGCUCGAAGACCUUUAUGAAGAAGAAAAAUCAUGGACCCAGAUUUCCCUCGCCCGGACGCGGGUCACCGGGGCCCCCCUCUGGAGCCAGGCCCGGAGGUGGGGCACGAUGGCGAGCGCCUGGUGGCCGGGCCUGUUCCCAUGGGGCCCGGCCGGACACAGCCCGAAGAGGCAACGUGGGUCACCCCUCCAAUGGGCUCACCACCCAUAGCAGGGGCCAUAGAGGUCGGGUGCAAUGUGAGCUGGGCGUCAGCCAAAGGCAGGGCACUUGCCGGUCCGAUCCUCGGCUACAGAAGCUAGCUCUUGGGACGUGGAACGUCACGUCACUGGGGGGGAAGGACCUGAGCUAGUGCGCGAAGUCGAGAAAUUCCGGCUGGAUAUAGUCGGACUCACUUCGACGCACAGCAAGGGCUCUGGAACCACUUCUCUCAAGAGGGAUUGGACCCUCUUCCACUCUGGCAUUGCCGGCAGUGAGAGGCGACGGGCUGGGGUGGCAAUUCUUGUUUCCCCCCGGCUCAAAGCCUGUACGUUGGAGUUCAACCCGGUGGACGAAAGGGUAGCCUCCCUCCGCCUUCGGGUGGGGGGACGGGUCCUGACUGUUGUUUGUGCUUAUGCACCAAACAGCAGUUCAGAGUACCCACCCUUUUUGGGAACACUCGAGGGAGUACUGGAAAGUGCUCCCCCGGGUGAUUCCCUUGUCGUACUGGGAGACUUCAACGCUCACGUUGGCAACGACAGUGAAACCUGGAGAGGCGUGAUUGGGAAGAAUGGCCGCCCGGAUCUGAACCCGAGUGGUGUUUUGUUAUUGGACUUUUGUGCUCGUCACAGUUUGUCCAUAACAAACACCAUGUUCAAACAUAAGUGUGUCCAUAUGUGCACUUGGCCCCAGGACACCCUAGGCCGCAGUUCCAUGAUCGACUUUGUGUCAUCGGAUUUGCGGCCUCAUGUUUUGGACACUCGGGUGACGAGAGGGGCGGUGCUUUCUACCGAUCACCACCUGGUGGUGAGUUGGCUGCGAUGGUGGGGGAGGAUGCCGGACAGACCUGGGAGGCCCAAACGCAUUGUGAGGGUCUGCUGGGAACGUCUGGCAGAGUCUCCUGUCAGACGAAGUUUCAAUUCCCACCUCCGGAAGAACUUUGAACAUGUCACGAGGGAGGUGCUGGACAUUGAGUCCGAGUGGACCAUGUUCCGCACCCCUAUUGUCGAGGCGGCAGAUCGGAGCUGUGGCCGCAAGGUAGUUGGUGCCUGUCGGGGCGGCAAUCCUAAAACCCCUUGGUGGACACCAACGGUGAGGGAUGCCGUCAAGCUGAAGAAGGAGUCCUAUCGGGUCCUUUUGGCUCAUAGGACUCCGGAGGCAGUGGACAGGUACCGACAGGCCAAGCGGUGUGCAGCUUCAGCGGUCGCGGAGGAAAAAACUCGGACAUGGGAGGAGUUCGGGGAAGCCAUGGAAAACGACUUACGGACGGCUUCGAAGCGAUUCUGGACCACCGUCCGCCGCCUCAGGAAGGGGAAGCAGUGCACUUUCAACACCGUGUAUGGUGCGGAUGGUGUUCUGCUGACCUCAACUGCGGAUGUUGUGGAUAGGUGGAAGGAAUACUUCGAAGACCUCCUCAAUCCCACCAACACGUCUUCCUAUGAGGAAGCAGUGCCUGGGGAAUCUGUGGUGGACUCUCCUAUUUCUGGGGCUGAGGUCGCUGAGGUAGUUAAAAAGCUCCUCGGUGGCAAGGCCCCAGGGGUGGACGAGAUCUGCCCGGAGUUCCUUAAGGCUCUGGAUGCUGUGGGGCUGUCUUGGUUGACAAGACUUUGCAGCAUCGCGUGGACAUCGGGGGCGGUACCUCUGGAUUGGCAGACCGGGGUGGUGGUUCCUCUCUUUAAGAAGGGGGACCGGAGGGUGUGUUCCAACUAUCGUGGGAUCACACUCCUCAGCCUUCCCGGUAAGGUUUAUUCAGGUGUACUGGAGAGGAGGCUACGCCGGAUAGUCGAACCUCGGAUUCAGGAGGAACAGUGUGGUUUUCGUCCUGGCCGUGGAACUGUGGACCAGCUCUAUACUCUCGGAAGGGUGCUCGAGGGUGCAUGGGAGUUUGCCCAACCAGUCUACAUGUGCUUUGUGGACUUGGAGAAGGCAUUCGACCGUGUCCCUCGGGAAGUCCUGUGGGGAGUGCUCAGAGAGUAUGGGGUAUCGGACUGUCUUAUUGUGGCGGUCCGUUCCCUGAGCCGGAAGGCAAAGCUCUCAAUUUACCGGUCGAUCUACGUUCCCAUCCUCACCUAUGGUCAUGAGCUUUGGGUCAUGACCGAAAGGAUAAGAUCACGGGUACAAGCGGCCAAAAUUAGUUUCCUCCGCCGUGUGGCGGGGCUCUCCCUUAGAGAUAGGGUGAGAAGCUCUGCCAUCCGGGAGGGACUCACAGUAAAGCCGCUGCUCCUUCACAUCGAGAGGAGCCAGAUGAGGUGGUUCGGGCAUCUGGUCAGGAUGCCACCCGAACGCCUCCCUAGGGAGGUGUUUAGGGCACGUCCAACCGGUAGGAUGCCAUGGGGAAGACCCAGGACACGUUGGGAAGACUAUGUCUCCCGGCUGGCCUGGGAACGCCUCGGGACCCCCCGGGGAGAGCUAGACGAAGUGGCUGGGGAAAGGGAAGUCUGGGUUUCCCUGCUUAGGCUGUUUCCCCCGCGACCCGACCUCGGAUAAGCGGAAGAUGAUGGAUGGAUGGAUGGAAGAGAAUUUAAGGGGACACCUUCUGUCAAAAAAUGAUUUAUGGGGGGUCAUAAAUCAAUGAUUUAUGAGAGGUCAUAAAUCAAUUAUUUAUGAGGGGUCAAGUUCAAAGGUCAAAGGUCAAGUGGGUGUGGCUUACCCCGGAAGAGGGUGGAGUUAAGACCUGAGGUGGGAGUGGUUUAACCAGGAAGAGGGUGGAGUUAAGACCUGAAGCGGGUGGAGUUUUAACCAGGAAGAGGGUGGAGUUGAGACCUGAAGUGGGGGUGGUUAAACCAGGAAGAGGGUGCCGUUUUAACCAGGAAGAGGGUGGAUUUUUAACCAGGGAGAGGCCGGAGUUUUAACCAGGAAGAGGGUGGAGCUAAGACCUGAAUAGGUAGUGAUUUAACCAAGAAGAGGGUGGAGUUUUAACCCGGGAGAGGGUGGAUUUAAGACCUGAAGAGGGAGUGAUUUAAACAGCAAGAGGGUGGGUUUGAGACCUGAAGAGGGAUUGGUUAAGAGGGAACAAAGGAGGGUUCAGGUUGAGGUCAGUUUUUAAGGAAGCUUGAGAAUGUCAUCUGAUCAGCAUCUGACCAGCCAUUUGACAGUUUAAAUGUUUACGAUCGUUUGAAACAACUCCCAGACCUCACGAAAACAUAUUUAAACGAUUGGGAGGAACUAAUUAGGUUAAGGUUAACCAUAUGUUUGACCCUGCUUCGAUGUAUUGAUGGCUGGGAAUGUUACGUGGGAAGAUGUGGACACGCACACACGCACGCACACAUACACACACACACACACACACACACACACACACACACACACACACACACACACACACACACACACACACACACACACACACACACACACACCAUUACCUCUGCUUUACCACAUUAUUAGACAAUGGUUUAACUCCAUUUAAGCAUUUAAACGUUAAAAGCAUUGCACGUGUACGACGUUGUAAUACUUUUUUUUUUACCAGCCGAUGACGACGAAGUGAAAGACGAAGAACUUUGUUUAAACGAUCUUACAAAGUUGGAAGAUGAUUAUCGAGGUGUGUUUAAACCUUCGAAUUAUUUAAUAUUAUGUGUAUUCAUUAUUUUGUUUCAUAGAGGAAUUGCCGUAAGAUCCUAACGCGAUCGUUUUAACACAAUCGCAGUCUGAUUUUCCGUUUACAUCUCCGGCUCGUUGGAUCCCCUUAAUCGAGCAAGCGCCGUCAAUGUCCGUCGGAGACAGCCAGCAAUUCCAGGCAGAGGAGAAGGCUUGAUUGCGCCAAACAACCCAGACAUCGAAACCUUGGUCCGGGACAAUAUCAUCGAAAACAACGGCGAAUGUCCGACAUGCCCCCGCCGUAAGUUUUUUUUGCUUUCUGUAAGCUUUUUAAGAUUCUCCGCGGUUUUAAAGAACUCCUCUCACUCCUCUGUCUUCCGCUCAAAUGAAUUUCGCGCCUAAGGGGAAUGGGCGGGGACUGAUUCCGGAGGUGGGCGGUUGUUUCCGGCAAGCAACCUUCUGGUGUGCAUUAGCGCCACCUACUGAAAUGGAGUGUGGACCAAGAUGGAUCCCUACUCUAUAUUCUUUUAUUUAACCACAUGUUUUUUAAAUACGUGUAUAAUGCUUUGUAUCCUAUGUGUUGUGAAUUCCAUCCUACUAUAUCUUCCAAGGAACCCAAAGAAAUGUUACCACACCUCCCGCUUUAUUUAUUUUGUAGAUUGCCUGAACCACUUCAUAAACUAAAUCUUGUCUUGUUUCUGAUGCUAUGUUUUUUAUGCUCAUCAAUGCACUGCUGGAGUGCGAGGACACAACUACUUUCCUUGCUUUGUUUUCCUCUAUCCAGUUAACUGCCAUAUAAAUUGCUACCAAUUCCCCCGUAAAAACAGAUAGUUUAUCACUGAUUAUUUUAUUUAAUACUAUGUUUCCUUGUGGGAUAACUGCUGCAGCUCUUACCUUUAAUUUUUUUAUAGUUUUUGAUGCAUCCGUAUAUAUCAUAUCUCAAUCCAUUUUUCUAUCUGGUAACUAUUUAAAUUUCUAUUAUUUAGUAAUUGCAUGUUUUCUUUUGGGUUAUCAAACAUCCACGGUGGUAUUGCAGGCAUUGGUACUGUAGGACUAACUUUAAUAUUGUCAAUUUUAACUUUAUUACAUAUGUCUCCUAUAAUCCACCCAAAACUAUUUUUUUUUUUUUCUCUUUUUCUUGGCAGUUUGGUAGCACUGGACAAGUCGGAUAUCCUUGCUUGGAUCCUUUUAAAGUUGCCCGAUAAACUGCUGAGAGUUGAUCUCUCCUCUUGUCCAAAGGUUUUUCGUUCAUUUUUACUUGUAAUACUGCCACUAGGGUUGAUGUAGUAGCUCCACAACAUAACCUUAAAGCCUGUGACUGGAUCCAGUCUAUUUUCCCAAGUCAUGUUUUUGAAGCAGAUUGAUAAAUAAUGCAGCCGUAAUCAAUAACAGAUGGAAUUAAAGUGAUAUAUAUACAUAUAUUGUUUUCAACGUCAACCUAUCAGCCCCCCAAUCAUUACCCCUCAAAGCCCUCAUUAUAUUUAACACCUUUUUACUUUUUCCACUAUUUUUUAAUUUUCCUGAAGGAACACUCCUGAAGGAAUAAAUAAAGUACUAUCUAAUCUAAUCUAAUCAAAUCUAUUUUGCUGAUGUGGGUUGACUAGUUCAUAUUUUUAUCAAACCAUAUUCCUAAAUAUUUAAAUACUUGUACCUCUUCUAUAUUUUCACCGUAGAGUUUUUAUUUGGAGCUUGUUUUGUACUUUUCUCUUUGUAAAAUGUAUGACUUUUGUCUUUCCAACAGAGAAUCUUAAACCCCAAGCCGUUCCCCAGUCUUGAACAUUAUUUACCACUUUGUUAGUUUUUUGAUUAUUUCUUUUAACUCUAAAUAAUAUACUAGUCUUUCAUUAAUCAUUUUUUCCAUUACUUUCCCCAAAUUUGAGGUCAAUGCUAUCGGCCUAUAAUUUCCUGCCUCUUCCGGGUCUUACCCUGACUUGGAUAUUGGAAUUAUUACCGCUAAUUUUCCCCUCUGCCGGUCAUUCUCCUUCUUCAUAUAUCCUGUCAUAUCAUUUCAAGACCACUCCUUUGACGAUGCUACCUAAGUUUUUGAUCAUUUGAUAACUCACCAGGUGUUUCCCCGGUGACGUAUUUUUAACCUUUUUCAAAAUUCGAACCAUUUCAUUCAAAGAAAAUGUCAUAUCCAUAGUGUUGGUAAAGCUAUUAUCGUUGUCUUCCAUCAUUUCCCCAAUAUUUAAACUCAACGUUUCUUCUCUCUUUUGUUUUUCUACAUUUCUCAAAUUAUCAUUACUGUGCACUUUAACACAUUUUUUUUGCUAAAGGUUCUGCUGUUUCUUUACCCGUGACUACAUCUUCUUUAAUAAAUGUGGCACAUCAUCCUCUUUACCCAUCAUUCCUAUCUUUAUGAAUCGUUAUAUAUCCUUUUAUUAUAAAGUUUAAUUUUGGCUUCAGCCAUGUUUCUUGAAUACAAAUUAUAUGUGGUUUAGUUUUCAUAUUUUUUAUAUAUCCUUUUAAUUCAUGUUCGGUUGCUAUCAAACUUCUGGCAUUCCACCGAACAAUUAACAUGGUGUUGGAAUGUGGUAACAUGACUCCGUCACGUCUACUCUCUGUAGUACAGCUUGCACCCGGUCCCAAGAUAGUUCUUUCAACAACUUUGCUACUGCUUUGACAAUUAUUUUGAUCUUUUCAGUCUUAUUUCUAGUCUGUUCUGUACAGUUUAUUACGUAAGCCAGGAAUACAACGAGUUUGUCCGUGGAAAUUCCUGUAUUUGUUGCCUCUUGUUUUUUUUUUUUUCUUGAACUAUUCACACUUCUGUUCUUUUCUACACUUUCUUGAUUUCUCACUUUAAAUGCCUCUGCGUAUGUAAUAUUUCUUUCAACUUUGAUUUGUUGUACUUCUGUUGCCUGUUUCAUGAUGUAUGGCUUUUGAUUAUUUCUUUUUUCAAUCUACAAUUCCAAUAAAUAACACGUAUUUCCAGAUUACUGAUAACUUUUUCAAAAUAAAAUGUAAUUCCUGAAUAAGAUAA